UUUGAAGAUAUUUUUUUCACUGUAUCUGUACAUUUUUUAUCUAUCUACUUGCGCAGGUGAGCACUUGACUGAAGAGUUUAAGCAAAAUGUCAAUCGUUUCCAGCGGCUGCCCUGCAUUAUCGACGAUGGCUACAAAUUGGCCGAAAGUAUUGCUAUACUUAGAUAUCUCAGCGCAAAGGGCAAAAUACCAGAACAUCUAUAUCCUAAAUAUUUCGUGGAGCAGGCGCGUGUUGAUGAGUUUCUCGAAUGGCACCACAUCACUUUGCGCGUGACUUGCUCCCUUUACUUUCGCACGAUUUGGUUGGAUCCACUGAUCACCGGUGUACGACCGUCAAAUGAGAAAAUCCAAAACCUGACUAAACUUAUGGAGGACAAUUUGGAUAUUAUCGAAAAUGUGUGGCUGCAAAAAACAGAUUUCCUCACCGGACAGCGAUUGACGGCGGCAGAUAUUUUUGCAGCGUGCGAAAUAGAACAGACACGUUUGGCUGACUACGACGUGCGUAUAAAAUAUCCGAAAAUUAAGGCAUGGUUAAAGCGCGUGCGUGCUGGCUGCAAUCCACACUAUGAUAAUGCGCACCAAUAUGUGUAUAAAAUCAGUGGGACUGCACCACAUGCGAAACUAUAAGGAAAGAAAGCGACGCUGUUUUGUGAUAUUUUUUUUAAGAAAAUAAAAUGUUAUGGAAUUAAAUAAAAAAAUUUAUAUAAUUAACAAAACAGAAAUAAAAUUAAUAUAUAUAUGUAUAUUUAUUUUUUUAAUUAUGAUAAAUAUGUGAAGCACGAAAUAUUAUUACAAAAAUAUAUUUGUAGUAUGAACAUAAAAAAAUACAAAUAUAUUAUAUAACACAUUUGAAAAUUAUAAUAAAUAAAUAAUUUUAUUUUAUUAUAAAAUACAUUUAAAUUUGAUUUUGAUAAUUUAUAUUUAAAUAAAAUUAAUAUAUUUAUGUAGAUCAAAAUUUAAUAAUACUAAACCAAUAUUUAAUUAAAAAUAACGGAAAAAAAA